AGAAAAUGACUUUCAAUGCAUUAGGUACUAUAAUCACUCGCCCUGGCUGUAAACGAGAAUGGCAUCCAAAUAUUCAAGGCAUUGGUCCACCCGAAGUCGCCUUAGUAUGUUCCAAAAAUGCAUGGAAAAGUAUCACCGGUCACAUAACCGAAGCAAUAAAUAUACAAGAAGCCCAGGAACGUGAUAAACAAAUAAAACAUUAUCUGAAAGAGAAUUCGUAUGAAAUGAGAAAGAAUUGGAAAAAUUCUGUAGAGAAUUUACGAAAAGAACGUUUACGCCAAUUGGAAGGUAAAAAGGAGGUUGAACGUAAACAACAAGAAGAAUAUUUAACACGAUUAUUGGAACAAAAAAAUGAAGAACGAAAGAAAUAUGUGGAUCGGAUGAAAAAACAAUUGUUUUAUCAGCAAGAUGAUACGAAAAAUUUAACUAGUGGUUUAAUGUUAACUGAAACUAUCUAUGAACGUGAUAAGCAAAGAGAAUUCAAUCAGAAAAUCGCAAAUCUAGAUAAAGAUGAUAAUGAUGAAUAUAUUCGUAAGCUGGAAGAAGAUACACAAAAAUUCCAUGAAGAGGAGAAAGCAGAAAAGCAAAAGCAAUUGAAAAAGGAUCUAGAACUUCAAGCAGACAUCUUAAAACAAAUGGAAGAAAAUGCACAACAACGCGACAGGACCAAACAAAUCGAAGAGGAAAAGAAAAUUUUAGAAUUAAUGGCUGAACGAUUUAGAGAAAUCGAAAAUCAAGAAAAAGAAGAGAAAUUGAAAAAGAAAAAAAUGUCAAAAUGUUUAUUAGAAGAUUCAAUACGUCAGCGAAAAGAAUAUGAAAAACGAAUGCAAACCGAAGACGAAGAAGAUGAUCGUAUAAACCAAGCGUUCUUAGCUACAAAAGCCCGUAUAUCGAAUGUAUUGCGAAGAAAUUUGAAUAAAAGAAAAAAAGAAAAAUUGAAAAUUAUUGAAGAUAUCGGAAAUGAAGUAUUUUCACAUUUUAAAUCAACGGAAGAACGUGAUCAAGAAAUAAUGGAAAAAGUUAUAGCAGAGAAUAAUGCCAAAUUGGAUGCAGACAAAGCAGCGCGUGAAGCACAUAUUCAAAAAUUAGCCGAAGAAAAACGUCAAGCAUUUGCAGAUUAUCUUGUAGAAAAUGAGAGGAGACUUGAUCAAGAACAUCAGUUAAAACUAUGGGAAAAAAUGAAUCACAUGAAAAAUGCUCAAGUUUUUGAUGAAUUUAUAGCAAAUGAAAAGAAGAAACAUUUAGCACGACAAGAAAAAUAUAAAGUGGAUAUACUUAAGCAAAGUGAAGAAGAUACUAAACGAAGAUUUGAUGCUGAAGAAAAAGAUGUCGCUGAUUUCCGUAAAGAAUUGGAACGUUUUAAAGAAAAUGACAUACGGUUUAUAGCUUAUGCAAAUAAAAUUAUUAAAGACAGAAAAGAAAAUGGCAGGAAUACUUUACCCUUGGAACGCGUGCUUAAUGAAUUUAAAAUACGCCGAGGUUUUAUGGAAUCAGACAGACAAAAAAGGAAUAAAAAAAUUGAACGGCCUGGCCAAAAACUUAGCCAACAAGGACGACGAUAUACUAAGCCAUCAGAAGAUCCUACAAUAGAAGAAAUUACCAAGGACGUUAGUCCCUUCGAUGAAGGUACUUUAAGAGCAGUAAAACGUAACGAACGCUAGAUAUAAGUGAAUCAUCCUCAAAUGAAUAUUUUAAAUACACCAAAUCGCACCGCCAUAGUGCCCAAAACAAAACACUGCAACAAAGAAUCAACGCUGAUGUAAUCAGUAAGUUUUUUAGACGUGGGUUUGCGAUUUAAAAUCGA